GCCCCAGCGUAUUGUACGAGUACUAAGUUGUCCUAGACUUGGUGUAGCUGUUAAGGCUUGUGAAUAAUACUAAUAGAACGAGGCGAGAAGUAAAGUAAAUAAAGUAAUAUAAAUACAAUGGCUCCAACUGACAGUAGUCUGCCUGGAUCUAAAAUAAAUACAAAUUUUGAACUUCUUUAUUCACUAAAAGCUGAUGGCAAUGUACCUAUAUCGAAAUACAGAUCGAAGAAAACAGGAAUGCAAGUAUGCAUUGCAGGUGUUGAAGGCCCUAUUGUUCAUGGAUACUUAUGUAUUGCUACUGAAGCUCAUGAUGAUGAUGGUCUUCCUCAUACUCUUGAACACCUAAUCUUCUUGGGAAGUGAACAUUAUCCAUACAAAGGUGUAUUGGAUCUGCUGGCUAAUCGAUGUUUGGCUUCAGGCACUAAUGCCUGGACAGACACUGACCACACCUGUUAUACAAUGAUGACUGCCGGAGCUGAAGGAUUUCUGAAACUUUUACCCAUUUAUUUGGAUCAUGUGCUAUAUCCACUGUUAAUGGAUGCAGGUUUUAUAACUGAAGUCCAUCACAUCAAUGGCGAGGGGGAUGAUGCAGGAGUGGUGUAUUGUGAAAUGCAAGCACGGGAGAAUACAGGUGAAAGCAGGUGUCAUCGUGCAUUUCUUCAAGCCAUGUACCCUGGACAUUGUGGCUACAAAUCAGAAACAGGAGGACUAAUGAAGAACUUAAGAGAAAGUACUUCAAAUGAAAAGGUAAAAGCAUACCAUCAGGCAUUUUAUCAACCAGAAAACCUUUGUAUUAUUGUGACGGGACAGGUCAUGCCUGAAGAAGUAUUCAGAGCUAUUAACCCUGUUGAAGAUAAAAUAUUAUCUAAGAACUUCGAUGAAAUAACUGCCAUUUCAAUCCUGUUGAAAUAUCUAACAGAAACUUCAGUUUCACCACUACAGCGAGAAUUUGUAGAAACUCCUGAUCCUUAUUGUAGUUCUGUUAGUUUUUCCAUUAUAGAAAAUUCUGAAUCUUCUAUAGUUUUGGAUUUUGAGAAUGGAAAAAAAGAAAAACUCCAUCAUGUAAAAACCAGGCUCUUGGAAGUUUUGCAUGGCCUUAGCAGUGGAAGUGAAGCAUUAGACAUGGAGAGAAUGGCCACUGUGAUUCAUAGGACUAAGCUAAGCCUGUUACGAAAGGUGGAAUAUUGCCCUCAUGAAACUAUUGCCUUUGGUGUUAUUGGUGAUUUUCUAUAUGGAAAUACAGAGGAAGAUUUAGAACAUAGAGUCCAUCAGAUACCGCUUGUCAGUUCAUUGGCAAUUAAAGGAAGAGAAUACUGGAUCAACUUAUUAAGGAAAUAUUUACUAGAAGCACCCAUUGUUACGAUAAUUGGAGAACCUAGUGCUACUAUGUCAGAGGAAAUGAGCCAGGAGGAAAAGAAACGCGUUACUGAGCAGAGAGAGAUACUGAAAGAAGAAGGAUUAAAGAAAAAUUCUGAAGUGUUAGCAAGAGCCAAAGAAAGUAAUGAGAUUGAACCUCCACAAGACAUGGUUACUAGUGUGUCUGUUCCGUCAACUUCAGCAAUUCAAUUUCAUCCAAUAUCUCGAAGCAGCAACCACAAUGAAGAUGAGCUCGACAAUAUUCCUAGCUUUAGUCUGAGGGACAUGCCUUGUCGCUUCCAGCUGGAUGACACUCACACCAACUUUGUCAAGAUGUUUGUUCUGAUGGACACCAGCAUGGUAACAGCUGAUUUACGACUUUACCUUCCUUUGCUGAUGGAACUGAUCUUGGAAUCUCCUAUCCUACGAGAAGGAAGUAAGUCAUACUUAGAUACUUUUGUUUUCGUCAUUGUAUUUUGA